AUGCCUAAUUCUUGCUCUGCUUACAAAUGUAAAGAAAGAUACAAAAAGGAGGAAAAAGAGAACGCGGAAGUUCAGCAGUCGUUUUUCAGGUGAGUCGGAAAGUCAAAACAAUGGUUUCCGUUUUAGCACUUCCGGCGCUUAUGUUCCGCAUAUAUUAAUACUACAAAACAAUUGCAUAAACAAGUUUACAUUUAAAAUUAAAGUGUUUUAAUAGUGUCAAUGUUUUAUGGAGGUUUUUUUACGAAUAAACAUCAUCCUUCAUAUUUUUUACUUACUGAUAUAGUCACUGUCUUACGUAGAAAUACAUAUAAUAGUUGGCAGUGAACGAUACGGCAAAGAUUGAAGUAUUGAACGAUUUGGCUAUAAUAUAUUAUCGUUUCUGUACACUUUAUAAAACAGAAUCGUUUCUGUACACUUUAUAAAACAGAAUGGUUUCUUCAUUUAUAAUUUUAACAGGUUUCCUCAUCAUAAUGAAGAACUCCUGAGCGAAUGGGUUGCAGCUGUUGGGAGAAACAAUUGGUAUCCAUCAAAAACAUCAGUUCUCUGUGGAAACCAUUUUCUUGAAAAUGAUUUUGUGCUGGGUUCCUACUCAGACUCUAGUUUAAAAAAAAGUUUUUAAAAAAGGGAGCAAUUCCAAGUGUUUUCAGCAUUCCUGCUCCAUCACUGAGUAAAAAAGAGCAAACAACACAUGAAAUUCCAGCACGAAAAUGGCUGGUUGCUAGUGAAAUCGACAACAUAUCAUAGCUACUAAUUCGGCUUCGUCGGCGUCAUUUUUUAACACUAGUCGAGAGGUCCCUUCAUGUAAAGUUUUCAAGCCUGCCAUGUCGCCCUCUACAAAAAUAAAAAAAUUACAGCUACUUGUGAAGAAAAAGAACAAAAAAAUUAAGCAACUCCAACGAAAAAAUUUGCGAAAAGAGAAGACCAUUACAGGUCUGAUUACUUAGCUAAAUAAACAAAAAGUUCCUUCAAAAGAGCUCGGCGAGAAACUCGAUAAAAAUUUUGGGCAUUUAAAAUUGUACAAAAAUGAGCUAAAAAACCAUGCAAGAAAGGCUGGUUCACAUUACAGCCAAGAAAUGAAGGAAUUUGCAGUAUCUUUGCAUUUUUAUAGUGCAAAAGCUUAUAAUUUUGUACGCAAAUCACUCCGCUUGCCACAUCCGGCUACGCUUAGGUCAUGGGCAGCAGAUGUUGCUUGUGAACCAGGAUUUUUGACGGCUACAAUAAAUAGUCUUGCUGGGAAAUUUGCUUUAGAUGGCGAGUCUGAAUGUGGCCUGAUUUUGGAUGAAAUGUCCAUCCGAAAAGAAACGCUUUGGGACAGAAAAAACAACAAAUUUGUUGGGAAUAUUGAUUACGGCAAAACUCAAGGCAAAGAUCCUGAUAACAUCGCCACUAAUGUGUUAGUAAUUAUGGCUGCAGGACUUAAAAAAUCUUGGCAAAUGCCAAUUGGGUAUUUUUUAACAAAUAAAACUACUAGUGCUAUGCAGUCCCAACUAGUAUUAGAAGCCAAAAAAUUACUGUACAACAAAGCAGACAUAAUUGUUAAAUCUGUAACGUUUGAUGGGCCAACUAAAAAUAUUAGCACAGCUAAAAAACUUGGCUGUGACAUCAAAAAUUUGAAAGGGUCAUUUCCUCACCCCUGUCGACCAGAUCUAAUGGUUUAUGUUGUAUUAGAUAUUUGCCACAUGAUAAAGUUAGCACGAAAUGCUUUGGGCGAUUUAAAAAUCUUCAAAACACCCACAGGAGAAACAAUUUCAUGGGGUUUUGUUGAAGCUUUGUAUGAAAUCCAGCAACAAGACAUAUUGCACCUGGCUAACAAGUUAAAAACAAAGUAUAUCCAGUGGCACAAGCACAAAAUGAAAGUUAGUGUUGCUACCCAAACUUUAAGUGCAUCUGUGGCAGCUGCCAUAACAUUUUCCCCGAGCCAACGGCGCGAAGCGCCGUGCGAGGGUACUAAUUCCCCCCGGCUAUUUACACCCGGGGAAGGGAAGCAUUAGCGAAGUCUAAAGUUCAUCAAAUAUCGCGGGCGUGGGUCACUGUGCGUGUUUCGGUGGGUGGUCAUCCUCACUGAUCUCAUAAUAUAGCGGGCUGUAAUGAAUAGCCAACAAUGAUUGGUGCAUGACGAUUGACGACAGCGAAAUUGAUUUCAUGAUUUCUUGCAAAUAUAUUUCAUUUUUGCAAGAUUUUGUAAAUUGCAAAUGAUUUUUGAUGAAAUAAAGGCAAGAGGAUUGCUAAAAGAAGGAAGUAAAGGUGCCGACGUUAACGAAGGUAAGUUUGUUUUAAAUAUUGAUGCAUUGUUUGCUCUUAAUAUCCUGUAAUCUCGGCUGUAAUUACUUUAAAAGCCGAUCGUUGCGUAUAUAAAAUAUGAAACAAGACAGCGUAUUAUUUCAGUGUUUCUUUAAUAUUGAUUACACUUUUUAUUAUACUAAGCAAAGUUAUUUACAUGGGAGAAUUUGGAAUGAUUUUAUUUCGAACUCAAAGUUUAUCGAUAAAGGCAGUUUAGUUCUAUAUUAAAAGAAGACUUUCAAACGUUUUGCGAAGCGUUUGUGGUUGAAAUUUACCUUAAAUUGAAGCUUAUAUUGCGUAUAAUAACAUACCUACUGUAAUUACUUUAAAAGCCGAUCGUUGUGUAUAAAUAUGAAACAAGACAGCGUAUUAUUUCAGUGUUUCUUUGUUGAUUACACUUUUUUAUUAUACUAAGCAAGGUUAUUUGCAUGGGAGAAUUUGGAAUCAUUUUAUUUCGAACUCAAAGUUUAUCGAUAAAGGCAGUUUAGUUCUAUAGUAAAAGAACAAUUUUUAAAACUUUUGCGAAGCGUUUGUGGUUGAAUUUUACCUUAAAUUCAAGCUUAUUACGUAUAAUAACAUACCUAACAUAUAUAUGUUUAGGAAAUUGAUAAUUUUGUAAUUAAAGGUGAUAUUUGUAGGGGAUUUUUCAUUUGUAAAAAUAUUCUUAAAAAAUUAUUGUGUUACCAUGACAACUACUUAAAGUACUUCACGUUCGGAAAAUAAAAUGGUUUUGUCAGCAAGGCGAGGGUUUCUGCAUGCAUGUAUUUUCUAGUUACGAAAUAUUAAGGUCGAACAUUUCAUGGGCAGUAAAGCAACAAGUGAUUUCAUACUUUUGAUGAACAAUCUUUUUGAUAUUUUAAAUUCCAAAAGCAAAUUUGGAAAGCAGUAUAAGGCACCAAUUAACCUAGAAAACUAUGCAAAUAUUGAAAAGUAUUUACAAGAUGGCAUUGCAAUUUUGAAAACGCUCAAAACUCUGGAUGGAGUAGAAGUAGUUAAUGGUCCAAGGAAAACCUUUAUUCAAGGUUUUGCAAUAUCAGCGGACUCAAUCCUUGCUAUCAGUAAGAGCUUUUGCAUAGAGCCAACCUUCCGUAUAACUAUGUUCUUACAUACCGAUUUUCACAAGAUCCACUCGAAAUGUUUUUCAGUAAAAUAAGAAGCCGGUUAGGGUGGAAUAAUAAUCCCAAUGCAUUGCAAUUUAAAUAUGCAUUGAGGUCUUUGCUAUUAAGAAACAACAUUGAGUGUCCUACAACAGCAAACUGUGUGGCAACUACAGAAGAGCAAUCAGACUUACCUGACCAGUCUGACCACCAAGAUGCUCAAAUUUCUGAGAUGUUGCAAACAUCAACUGCAUGGUGGUAUGAUGUUCUAUUUUACAUAUCUGGCUACAUAGCACGAAAGUUGUUGAAGAUUAUAAAGUGCCCUGAGUGUGCUGAAACAUUAUAUCAACCAACUGAUGUAGCACACGACCAUCUCAAACUCAUUAAUAAUUCAUGAGCAAAUUAGCGAAUGAACUCACCCUAAUUCGUCACAUGAUUGAGGUUGGAUACCGCAGGAAACACGCUAACAAUCAUAUACCAUCACUGUUGUUAGAUGAAAAACGGUUUUCAUCUAAUAACUGAGAUCCAAACACAACAAUAUACUAUAAUAAUAUAUAUAAGCCAAUGAAAUGUUUUCGUUUGAGAUGUUGUGUAAACAACUCGUUUCUCGUGUUUCAUCAGGGGACCAAACACUCAAAAACAAUAAAACACUCGCGCUUCGCGCUCGUGUUUCAUACAGUUUUCUCGUGUUUGGAUCCCCUGAUGAAACACUCAAACUCGUUGUUUACAUAACAUCAAUAUCACCACAAUAUUACGCUCCUAUCCUGCAAACGUUAUGGCAAGUUGUUGGUUCCAUCCUUGUCUGUUGUAAAAGUGGUUACAACAACUGAUAUAUUGGCAAGACAAGUUCUUUGUUCCUGGACAACUCUAAGCAAAGAUAAAAAAGAGAAGAUCUGUUUAGAUGUAUGAAAAGAAACGAAAUUAAACACCUUUCAGGAUAUUCUCCAGCACUCACAACAAGGUCAUGUCCUUGAUGACAACUUAAGGGAUGAUCACAUUACUAUUUUGAUUAAGUAUAUUGCCAAUUUGUAUUUACAAUUGUUUCUGUACCAGUUUGGAAAGGUUUACACUGAACGCAUUGUUAAGGAAAAUAAGGCAUCAAAGCGACAUGCACUCACAAAGCAAAUUCUUUUCUAUAAUGAGUAAAACUUCAGGCAGAGUUCCCAAACUAGGGCUGUGUUUCACAGCAAGUUAACGCCGAGUGCUGGGCGGCGGUUAAAUAACCUGGCCACCCAGAAGUUUCAACUUUUGGUUGGGUUCAUGGUUUCCUAGAUGGAGGAAAUGCCAUCUGAAAACCAGGGAACAAUGCAAUUCAUAAAAUUUGUUAGUGUAUAUACUAUUUAAUUAAUUAUUUAACAGUUUUAUUGUUGUAAAUACAGUAAUUAAUUUAUUGAAAUAAAUGUUAGUUUGAUUGAUGGAGUACUUGUUUUACUAUUUAGCAGGCAACCUUUCAGUACAUUGAAUGCGAGAUUGAUAUGUUUCAAAACUGUUCUCCUUUAUAAAUUACAAAACUUUUGAACACGUUCCAAAAAUAUUUCAAGCCCAAGUAUUAAUACAAUACUACAAAUAUCAAUUUGCUUCAGUGUUAAAAAUUAAAUCCACACUUGGAUUUUGGGAUGAGUAUUCAAAAAGCAGGUGAGUAGCAAGACUUACCAUUUAUAAAGAUGAACUGAUCGGCUUUAAAUUGAAAGAAAUCUGAAAGCCCCAUCAGACCAAUCACCCAUACUUGCCAUGUGAGCGUGUUCAAGUUCUUCGGCGAUCAAGAGUAUCGAGUAUACAAAUCUGUCUUUUUGUUUUGAAAUUACACGUCUAUGCAACAAAAACCUUUCGUGCACACAAAUAUACAUAAAUUUCCACUAAUCUAGUAUAAAAGGUAAAUGAACAAAAGUUGUUCAUAUUGAAUAUUGACAGAAAUACAGUAUCAACCAAAACAUUGCGCGAUUUGCAAAAGGUCAUGGGGCGAGAUUAAAUUUGCCCUUAUAAAUCGGCCAUUUUGAAUAGUUAAUGUGGCAUCACUUGUUUACCUGAGAAGAGAUAGGAGCACGCAUUCUAUGUCUAUUAUUUCUAUGGCGAGCGCGCGGGGGUGCUUGGGGAGGACGCAACUGGAACCGGAGGCACCUGGGAGAAUUUGUUCGAUAAGUGACAAGAAAUUGUCGAUUUCUGAAAUUUAGUUUAGAAAUGUAGUUUUUUAAGCGUUUUUGUGCAUUUUGUGCCCAAUUUCCGUGACAAUAUGGACCAGACGGAGUAAAGACAGCCAUAUGAAGGUAAUCUUUUUCUUUAAACAUACUUAAUAGGUGCUUUUUAACCUUUAUUUGAAUUAAUAUACUGACUGACAGACUGAGUCUGUUAUAUGAGUCAUUUUUAAUAUGAUAUACCUGUGUUAUAAUAGAAUUGAUAUUAUAAACAAAAGGAUUUUAGUUAAAUAUUAUUUACAUUAUUUUAUAUGAUGUAAAUAGCGAUAUAUAUUGUUAUAUAAAUCUGUUCAGUGUUGAAUGCUGUUAUAUUUGUCUCUUUGGACUUUGGUUCAUGCAAUAACAAUGUCAAAGCUAAUUUUAUAUAAAUUGCAAUAGCAGCAAAUUGCCACAACAAAAUAUUUGCUGUAUCACCUGUAUGCGUUUUUAAAACAACUAUCAAAUCUUCUUUUGAUAGCAUCAGUAAGUUCUGAUGAUAUAUUUAAUGCAUCCUUUUCCCAACUUGAUUUUGAAGAAGGUAUUGUCUACUUAUGUAGUUUAAGUUCCUAAGUCAGCAGACAUUUGAAUGCAUCAUGCAUCACAUUUUUGGUGAUCUGAAGCAUUAUAAUAUAGUAAAUUUAUGAAUUAAUGACUAAUGAGUAAUAGAAAUGUUGUUAAUUUAUUAUGUUGUUAGAUAGUGAUGUCCCCAUUGCCACUGAAGCAGAUUAUGAGAUGGAAAACUAUGGCGAGAUUGAAAAAUCUAGCAGUUUAUCAAGUGGUCUUGAACUGACAAUUGCACCACACCAUAGCCCUAGUAGGGGGCAGUGA